AUGUUUUCAGCCAUCAAGACCCAGCACAAAGGAGUGGACGUGUGCAUCAACAAUGCUGGUAUUGCCCACAACGAACCCCUACUGAGCGGCCUCACAGGGGGCUGGAGGAACAUGAUCGAUGUGAAUGUUUUAGCCUUGUCUAUCUGCACUCGUGAGGCGUACAAAUCUAUGAAGGAGAGAAAUGUGGAUGAUGGCCACAUUAUCAAUAUAAACAGUAUGGGAGGCCACAGAGUCGUGCCAAGUGCUGAUGAGCAUUUCUACUGUGCCACAAAAUACGCUGUGACGGCUCUUUCUGAGGGCCUCCGACAAGAGCUCAGAGAAGCCAACAGCCACAUCAGAGUAACGUGUAUUUCACCUGGAAUUGUAGAAACAGAAUUUGCUUUCCGACACCUGAACAGUGACCCGGAGAAAGCAGCCUCUGUGUAUGCAAGCAUAAAAUGUUUAAAACCAGAAGACAUUGCAAGUGCAGUGAUCUAUGUCCUAGGUGCACCACUUCAUGUGCAGAUUGGAGAUGUGCAGAUGAGACCCGUGGAGCAGGUUUCUUAG